GUGUGAGAGAAGACGCAAAUUUAGUGAGAGAAAGAGAGAGAGUUAAAUAAAAUAAGAACACCAGCAAGGGCAGAUUGAGUGAAGGCGAUAAUAAGAGUGAGAGGGAGAGCUUUACCUGAGAGAAAGAGAAACAGCAAAGACAGCAGGAAAGAGAGAGAGAGAGAGAGAGAGAGAGCGUGUGUGUCGUUCAGCCUUUUCCUGGUCUGCUCGGUUAUCUGUCUCCAUCUGGGUGCCAUCUGUGUCUCUGGCUCUGGCCUUUGCCACAGUGGAGCUCACAUAUGUGGGAAUGCAAACACAUGCCUGACAUAUGAAGGCGUGGAGUCACAGAAAGAGACAAAAAGGAAAGGAUAAGAAAGCAAAACCACGCCACUGCGGCUGACUUUCUCAACGGACUGAAGAGAGGACUCUACUAGAGUGGAGACAGUAGAGAGAAGAAGAGCCCUGCCAUGCCCGGUUCUCCUGUGGAUGCUAAGACUCAUUCCAGAUCAGCCCCCAGCAGCAGCACCAGCUCCACUAUGCCACCCCUGCCUUCUGUCAACCCCAGUGGCCCUCGCCCGGCCUCUUUUUCCACCACAGCAUUGACCAAUGGGAAUCAUCAUUCCCCACCAACCUUGAAUGCAGUGCCAUCUCCACCGCAGCGCUACAGCAACGGACCAUCCUCUUCCUCUUCCUCAUCUCUAGCUAACCAGCAGCUGCCGGCCACCUGUGGGGCUCGCCAGCUGAGCAAGCUGAAACGUUUCCUGACCACGCUGCAGCAGUUUGGCAACGACAUUUCUCCUGAGAUUGGAGACAGCGUCCGAAGCCUAGUUCUGGCCCUUGUGAAUUCAACAGUAACCAUUGAGGAAUUUCACUCACGGCUUCAGGAGGCCACUAACUUCCCCUUACGGCCUUUUGUUAUUCCCUUUCUCAAGGCAAACCUACCCCUGCUGCAGAGGGAGCUGCUCCACUGUGCGCGGGCAGCGAAGCAGACCCCAGCCCAGUACCUGUCCCAACAUGAGCACCUCCUGCUAAGCACCACUCUGGCCUCCUCUCCGGACUCCUCUGAGCUGCUGAUGGAGCCUCCUGAUGCCGGGACCAAGAGACACAGCCCCAGCAGGGCUAAAGAGAACGGUUUCCACGAACGUCCACCCGUCGCCAUGGAGCCUGCUGCAAAACGGAUUUGCACAAUCAGCCCUGCUCCUCGACACAGCCCCGCCCACCCGCUGCCCCUCAAUGCCCAGCUUCACCCAACUCCUCCACCCUUGCAGCAUUAUGCCCUGGAUGACAUCGCAGCGCCUCACAUCCUACACCGCGAGCACAGCCAGCGCAUGCUGGAGAUCCGUGAGCUCAAAGACCGGCCCAGACUCCCAGGCUCUAACGGGGGCUACCGCGAGGAGCCAGUGGAUCACCGACUGACAGACAGAGAGUGGGCUGAUGAAUGGAGGCAUCUGGACCAUGUGUUGAACUGCAUUGUGGACAUGGUGGAAAAGACACGGAGGUCCGUGAGCGUGCUUAGACGAUGCCAGGAGUCCGAUCGCGAGGAGCUCAACUACUGGAGACGGCGUUCAAGCGAGCAGGAGGACCCACGCAAAGGAGGCUCAGGCUCCGCUCCGUUCUCCAAGACACAUAGCCCACACUCAGCAGACUCAGACUCCCAGCGCGACUUUGCUCCACGGCCAGGCUCAGCAUACGUUACAGAUGAGAUUUGGAGGAAAGCUGAAGAGGCGGUGAAUGAGGUGAAGCGUCAGGCCAUGGAUGAGGUUCAGAAAGCAGUAGCAGAGGCCGAGCAGAAGGCUUUUGAGAUGAUUGCUGCCGAGAGGGCUAAGAUGGAAAAGACUCUGGCUGAGGCAAAGAGGAAGGCUCAAGAGGAUGCCAUCAUGGUCAUCAAUGAACAGGAGGAUUCCAGUGAGUGUUGCUGGAAUUGUGGCCGCAAAGCUAGCGAGACGUGCAGCGGUUGCAAUGCCGCUCGCUACUGUGGCUCCUUCUGCCAGCACAAAGACUGGGAGAGGCAUCACCUUAUCUGCAGCCCAGGACUUCAGGCUCAGCCCAAACCAAUCUCUGCCAUUACUGCAAGCAGGGUAGCCGCAGCGGCCACAGCAGCAGUGGCAGCAGCAGCAGCAGCAGCUGGGGUGUCCCCUGUCGGUUUGGCCGCGGUGAAGGCCCCCGAUAGCGUGCCUUCAGUCUCCAGUCCUGGUGGGGAGAAGGCUUCGGUUGCUUCUCGCUCCUCCACUCCCUCCACCCCCAACUCGGCCCCUGAGGCCAACGGACACUAGGAGCUGCAUAGCCUUGGCAGUAAACUUGUCACCCAUCCUCUUCCUUAACAGGGAAGAUUUGAAUCGGCAGCGUGAGGGAACUAUCUGUGGGUUAAGUUAGGAUAACAGAUUUUUCAUCAUAAUCUUUGGCAGAUAAAAAAGACAGAUUAUGGAUGACUGUUUGAGUGAUAUGUCAACUGGGACUUUGGCUUUGGCAAAGGACAGAAGGACUCGUUUCAAAUGCAUCCAUUGGAAAACAGAUCUCCCUAACAGAUGGGAGACGUGUUUGUCUUCGUCCAAAACCCCAAAUCUUGGAUCUGCGAGGGGAGUGAAAAAAGUGCCGAUUGAUCUCAGUUUAUCUCUGGCUGCGGGGAGGAAGUUAUGAAAGGAAGGCAUAUGAGAAAAAGGCAGAGGAGAUUAGAAAACAGUGAGGUUUAAAGAUGCCCCCCCGCACACCCCCCCAACUGAUAUUCUCACUUUGUUGUGUAUAAAUUUAAGAUUGGGAGGUGGUGGUGUUUAAAUGUAAACAGUGUAAUAGUACCAGACAUAAAGCAUCUGUCUUCAUUCUGUAGGAAAAAUCUGACAGCGGAACACAGAAGAUCGCCUCUGCAGCUCUCCCGUGUACAUAAAUAUUUGCUCGCCAACUUCUUGUCAGGUUUUCUUAUGUGUGAAUGCGUGUGUCAAAUGGUCGUGCCGUCAGUGAUUAUUGUAAAGCAUAUGAUUACUUUUGUCAAAGCAAUAUUAAAACGAAGUGUUCAGGUAUCGCAAGCCGUUUCUGCAUCACCAAAGUUUCCAGUCACUAAAGAGAGAGUCAUUGUCAUUGCCUGUAAAUGUCCUUGUGAACAACAGAUAAUUAUACACUAACCCCCACAUGUCGUAUCUACUUAUAAAAAUGAGUUUAACUAGGAACUCUGGUCUCUAUUUUUCAUUUCUGAUCAUCAGAUGUUUUAAAAGAAGAGAGGUAAAGGUAAUGGUGGUUGGACUGAGUAUGCGCAGGAAGAUUCAGUUAUGACUUUAUUCUGGUUGCAGUUUCAUUUUGGCACUUGUUCACAUCAGCAGUUGUGUAUGGCAGGGUCAGAUGUUGCUCCAAAUCUUCCACCAUUGCAAUGUUUUAGUCAGAAAAGAAAACCAAUUUGUAAUACAGCUCAUUAAGUACCGAGGCAUGAAAAUGCUCAUUGAUGUUACACUGCUGUGGUGCAGGUUUAGAGCAGCGACUCUGUCCCACGGAGAAUCUCAGGAGCUAAAUUGUAUUUGUAUGUACAGAUCGUUCUUUUCUUUUUUUUUCUUUUGUCACAGUUAGAUUGAAUUCAAGCGUUUAGUGCGGAACUUUGAUAUAUAUCGUACUCUGCUGUUACAACUGAGACAUUGUUCUUGUUUUUGUUCGCUGUAAGAUGACUUUGUAAAGAAUAUUAUGAGAGAAUGCCUUUAUUUUGUGAGCCACAAUUUUCCCUUCGUUCUUUAAACACGUUCUUUUCUUAUGAGGCAUAACAACUUCAUACGAAAAAAGAUAUCUUGACAUGAAGUAUGAAAUAAAGAAAUAGAAUUA